AGUCGCAUUGAUUUCGCCAAGAAGAUGGGGGCCACACACACGGUACUGGUUGAGGGCAGUGACACGGCAGCUACAGGGAAGAAGAUAGGGGAGAUCAUGGGGGACCUGCCCGAGGUGGUGCUGGAAUGUAGUGGCACGGACCCAGGAAUGCAGACCGCUAUACACGCCGUGAAGAAAGGUGGUAAAGUGGUGUUGGUGGGCGUGGCUCCCCAAACGGCAACCAUACCUGCGGCCAUGCUGUUUGUUAAAGAGGCUGACAUUCUGAGUGCCUUCAGAUAUGGGAACAAUUUUAAGAAUUCCUUGGCUGCCAUAACAGCGGGUGUUGUGGACAUCAAGCCGAUAGCGACCCAUUCCCUCCCCCUAGAGAAGAUUGUCCACGCCAUGGAGAUAGCCAGUACUGGACAAGAUGGUGCCCUGAAGGUUAUGGUGCAGCCUGGCAAGAUAUAA